AUGACAUCUACUAAGCAGUUGCUACUGGCUGGGUUUGCGCUUCUGUGUAUGUAUGGAGCAGUUGAAUCUAAAAGGAAUUUCAAAUGUCCUUCAGGAUGCUCCUGCUCCAAGGAGACGAUCAUCUGCGUCGGUACUUCACAGCAGAUCCCACGGACUAUACCGAAUGAGAUCAACUCACUGAGCAUGGUAAAUGGAUCUAUUUCAGAAAUUACAGAGGGAAUGUUUUCACUCAUGCCCUCGCUCCAGCUGUUACUUCUAAAUGCAAAUUCUUUGACCACAAUCAAGGAUGACGCUUUCUCUGGCCUUCCCCAUCUAGAGUAUUUAUUCAUUGAAGGGAACAAGAUUGAAACAAUCACCAAAAAUGCCUUUCGUGGUCUGAGAGAUCUGACUCAUCUAUCACUUGCCAAUAACAAAAUGAGGUUUCUGCCAAGAGACCUGUUUUUUGACUUGGAUUCAUUGCUGGAACUGGAUCUGAGAGGCAACUCUUUCCAGUGCAAUUGUGAGAACAAGUGGCUGAUGAUGUGGCUGAAAAACACAAAUGCCACAGUAUCAGAUGUCUUCUGCGCAGGCCCCAGUGACAUGAAGGGCAAGCGGCUCAAUGACCUUCCUAUUCCACCGGGCGAGUGCAUCUCUACAGACUUUGUGCGUCAUCAGUCCAUUCCCAUUCAGUCCAUGUCAGCGGACAUCUUCUCCUUCAAAGAAGACAUCUACGUGGCGAUGGCUGCCCCCAACUCCAACAGCUGUGUGGUCAUGGAGUGGGAUCACAUUGAAAUGAAUUUCAGAAAAUUUGACAACAUAACAGGGAAGUCUGUUGUUGGAUGCAAGUCGGUUCUGAUCGACAACCAUGUCUUGAUCAUUGUUACCCAGCUCUUUGGUGGCUCCCAUAUUUACAAGUUUGACGAUCAGCAGAACAAGUUCACAAAAUUUCAAACUAUUGAGGUCUUCAACAUCUCAAAGCCUAAUGAUAUUGAGGUCUUCAAAAUAAAUGGUGAUUGGUACUUUGUGAUCGUGGACAGCUCCAAGUCAGGUUUGUCUACCCUGUACAAGUGGACCGACCAGCCAGACCGCAAUGAAACUGGUUUCUACUCCUACCAGUUUCUCCAUGAGUGGUUUCGUGAUACAGAUGCUGAGUUUGUUGAGGUUGAAGGGAAGUCCUACCUCAUCUUAGCCAGUCGCUCUCAGUCACCUGUCAUCUACCUGUGGAACAAGAGCACCCUGAAGUUUAUACUCCAUGGUGAAAUCCCAAAUGUUGACGACGUGGUUGCAGUCAAAGCAUUCCGGGAGGCGGGGGAGUUGUAUCUGGCCAUGACCUGCUACAUCGGUGAUUCCAAAGUCCUAAAAUGGACCAAUAAGCAGUUCACUGAGGUACAGGCUCUGCCUUCUCGAGGAGCGAUGAUCCUCCAACCUUUCACCUUCACAGACAGGCACUACCUUGCUCUUGGCAGCGAUUAUUCUUUCACACAAAUCUACCUCUGGGAUGUGGAGACCAAAACGUUUCACAAGUUCAAGGACAUUUAUGUGCAGUCACCCCGGUCAUUUAUAGCCGUGACCACUGACCGGAGGAAUUUCAUCUUCUCCUCCAGCCUCAAGGGCAAAUCGAUGGUUUUUGAGCAUAUUAUUGUAGAUUUAAGCUUAUAAGGCCUACCAAAAUAAUGACUAACCACAGUUUGAGUUGGUCACUUAUCAAUAUUGCCUGUUUGCUACAAAGGAGUCUUAAAUGCUGUAUAUCUUCCUUAUGCAACUACAUAUAUCUUAUCUCUAUCUCAGUUUGAGACAAACAUCUUUGGCAAGUUUCUGCGACUCACAUGCAUUUCUAGCUGUUAUGGAGGUCUGAUUGUAAAAUGCUGUAAACAGCAUGAAGAUAAUUUUAUAGCAUACUAGAUAUUAUCUUAAAAGGUGUUGGCUUUUAUUAUAACUGUGUCAAGCAAACAAUGGCUGAGCCAAGGGGUGUCCAUUCUGGCCAAAGCUACCAUAGACUGCAACCUGGCCACACCACACACAUAGUAAGAAACCUAUCCAUCAAGGGUUAUAUAAAAUGUGAAGACCGUUUUAUAUGAUUCCUAACAGUGCACCUGUAAACUUGGCGGUCAUUUAGCAGUCACUGUUGCCUAAAUGAGUGAAAGAAAAAGUGAGAAACCUCAACAUGAACAAAGUGCUGAUUUUUGUGCCAUCUCAAAGUGAACUAAAAAUGUUUAUAGCUCUUUGGAAGGGCAACACUUGAGCAAGAUGAGAUAGUCAGAUAAAAAUAGCGAUGACACUUUCAGACAGUCUCUCCUGGAAGGUAUAGGAAUAUGGUGUUGCUCUUGGUUAAACACACACGGAAAAGUAAUUGUGUGACAAAUGAAAAAGAGAACUCUAACCCUUUCUCACUUCCUCACACCUGGCCAAAUGGCUUGUGAAGUAGGUGUGCUUGUUGGACUGUCGGUUUCAGAAAUGUUGAUGUCGUCUCAUCCCAGUAACUGUCGUGGCUGAUGAUUAAAAUGUGCAUGAAACAGAGAUUUUCUUCCAAUUCUGUUUACCAAAUAAAAUCAGAAUGUAUUAACUAAAUAUUAUGUGCCUGAUUAGUGGCAAAACAAACUAUUAAGUCCUGAUGCCUAUGCAAAAUAUAUAAUACUGAAUGUUGCUCUGAAUUACAAUCACAAGGUUAAUUGUGUGCUGCUAUAUGACUUGAAAUGAUGUUUACAUGGUCCUAAAACACAAACGUGUGCUCUUUUCUUUACUGAUCUUUUGAUAUUUCUCAUGUAUUGUACAGAUUUAAAUUACUGUCUGUAAUCUGUUUGGCUUGGAAUAUACAUCUUUUUCACAUAAAAAAACAACGGCAUGAUGUGAAAAUUAGUUCAUAGUCUUUAUAGACUUAUAGACUUAUAAACAGCUGAAAGUCACAACAUGUUAACAAGAUCUAGCAUAAGCAAUACAUUCUUUGUUAGCAUUUCAAAUUUAUUACAUUGCUGUUCUAUGUCCUACCAAGCAAUAUGUAUCUUUUCCACUCUACUACCCUAAACUAAUGAUUAACAGCUCAUAUUUUACACAACGCUACGUCGACAACCUUAAGAAUGAGUUUGUGUAAAUGCAUUAAAAACAUUUAACCACGUG